UCAGUUAGUGUUGGGACUUGUCUAGUGUACGACCAUCACCGUGUCGUCGCGAACUCUCCUAAAAACCGAUUGAUUUAUGUCGUGUUUAAUGCCUAGGUUCGGCGAACACAGUGGGCAGAGGUGUAGCGAGGUUCCUUGCUCGCGUGGAGCACUAACCUCAGGCGGAUGGAUCCCAGUAUAGGCUGGUACCAGCCAGAACAACAAGGCCCCGCCAGAGACCUCUGGGCCAGAAUUUGGCUCACUCAACAAGGUCUGGACAACAUGAAUCUCAACGACACCAAUAUGAACCACGAGUACAUUCCCAUUUGUGCCGACGAUGCCACCACUAGGACUAACAAAAACGCCAGUGUGAACGCGAAUAAUAGUUAUUACAACCGAACCAAAAGGAAAAGAGAGAACCGAGCCAGCACGUACGGUCUCAACCACAACCAUAAGAACCUCAUAGGACAGUUUGGUGGCUGUCCUUGGCGCCGCCAACCUGAUAACUACGACCUGGGGGUAGUUGGGUUGCACCAAGAGAUGGAAGCCUUCUACUCCUGGAUGUGUCCCAGCGAAGAAGAACAUACUAUGCGUAAAAGAGUGGUAGAGAGAAUAGAACAAGUCAUUGUUGACCUGUGGCCUCAAGCCAGAGUGGAAAUUUUUGGUAGCUUUCGAACUGGUCUCUACUUGCCCACCAGUGACAUUGAUCUGGUAGUCAUAGGGAAGUGGGAUGCCUUACCUCUACGGACGUUAGAGAAAGCCCUACUCGACAACAAGAUAGCUGAACCCUCCUCGCUCAAAGUCUUAGACAGAGCAUCAGUGCCAAUUGUGAAAUUAACGGACAGUGAAACGGAUGUUAAGGUAGAUAUUUCUUUCAAUAUGAGCAGUGGUGUGAAUUCUGCACGUCUCAUCAAAGAAUUUAAACACCGCUUCCCUGCCCUGCCCAAGCUAGUCAUGGUGCUCAAGCAGUUUCUUCUCCAGAGGGACUUGAACGAGGUUUUCACAGGCGGAAUAUCCUCGUACUCUCUCAUCCUUAUGACGGUUAGCUUUUUACAGUUACAUCAGCGGUUAGAUGCAUCACAACCCAAUGCUAACCUUGGAGUCUUGUUGAUAGAGUUUUUUGAGCUUUACGGCAGACAUUUCAACUACUUGAAAACUGGCAUCAGAAUUAAGGAUGGUGGUGCUUAUAUCUCAAAGGAUGAGGUGCAGAGAGACAUGCCAGAGGGUCACCGACCAUCCGUCUUGUGUAUAGAGGAUCCCCUCAUACCUGGCAAUGAUAUUGGACGAUCCUCAUAUGGAGUCUUGCAAGUUAAACAAGCAUUUGAGUAUGCAUACAUUGUUUUAUCUCAGGCUGUGAACCCUCUAAACAACAUCAUUAAUGAUCCAAACCACUACUCUAUACUCGGCCGCAUCUUGAGGAUAACAGACGAUGUCAUUUUGUAUCGGCAUUGGAUUCGAAAAUCUUUUCCCGUCACUGGAUCUCUGGCCUCCAGCACCACCCAUCACCUGACCCCAACACACCCGGCCACACCGCCCACUCCGCCAGCUGCGUUUCACACUCCAAAUCAUCUUCAGGUCACAUCUGAAAACCAGUACAACAGCAACAAAAAUAAUAACAACAACAAUAAUAAUACGCGUAAUAAAUCCAGUGUAGCGGAUGAUGACACGUUAUCAUCCGAAGCUUCUGAACCGCAUUCCACUCCUCCCUCCUCUGUCUCGUCUGUUAGUGAUGACACUGAUUCUGACCAGGCUGUGGACAUGAGUGAAGGUAGCAGAGACAGCUCUCCAAACAUUCAUCAACAUCAUCAGCUUCACCACCACAGUGCCACAGCAGUUAAAGCAUCAACAUUAAGCAAUUUAGUCAGCUGCAAGAGUGUCGGGAAACAUCAAACGUUGCCUGGCAGCAAUAUAUCACAACGCAUCCCUAGCGCAGGGACAGAGGUCCGCACUCCAUCACACUUGUCAGCAUCUAACACAAGCAAACAGUCUCAUAGUCAAGCACGUAAUGAGUACUCUGCAACACAAACUUGGCACCCACACCAGCAACAAGGUGGAGGAUCCCCUGUGCAACACAACACCAGCCCUGUCAAGCCUUGGCCAAAGCACAGGAGAUACUCUCAGUCAUCUCAAGGCUCGUCGGCUAUUGCUGGGGAAAUUCGUAAUGCCAAAGGUAUCAAUGGAAGCAAAUAUAUGGGAGAAAAUGUCCCUGGAGGAAAUGGCACUGGUGUUCACAUUGGUGGCACCGGAUCCAUUAGUGGAGGCAGCAACCAGGUGAGAUAUCACCGCACUUCGUAUAAUAAGCGGAAGAAGUCUGCUCGACGAGAUUCUGAUGGUAGAAGUGAAACACGUGACACCCAUCGGUGAUUGGAGGAGGAUGUUAAAAUUCUUCCUGCAGAUAGUGAUGUUUACUAAGCACUCUGAUGACCGGACAGAGUUGCAUGAUUUCCACCUGUGAAUAAUGGUGGACGGUCAGGUGACUGUGAUGUUGGCCAUGCUCCGAGAGGCGCAGGCUGAACCCUCUUCCGUGUGUCUGUGAAUAAAUUUGUGCAGCUCAUUGCUCUGCCAAGGAGUGGAAGAAAAUAAGACAAACAGUGGUGUUAAAGCAGCCCUCCAUUCCCCAAAUCAUUGCGUGAGAAGUGCAUUAUGUGUGCGGACAGUAUCUUGCGUAAUGAGACUUGUGAGUGAAUUGGAUGUCUUCUUCCACAACCAUAAGAUUUUAGUAGACCAAUAUUCUUAGAGCUCACUUUUUAAGAGUUUUAUUUAUAUUCUUUAAGCUCAACUUGGCUGUUUUGGUGGCUGAUUCAAAAGCCAUCCAAGUCAUUUCAGAUAAAUGUUUUAUAUGAGUUUAACUUUGAGAUUGUAGAUUCAAUCUCUGUGAGUCAUUUUAAACUCUUGGAGUCAGAUGACAAAUCAGGGGAGUGUUGUUGGGUGGAUGAUAACUCUGGCCUAUGCAAAAAAACAAAAAACAAAAAGAAAAAGAAAAAUGGAAAAAAAAAAGUCUGAACUAGUAGUGAGGGGGUCAGGUUCCCAGUGUGUGUGUAUGUAUGUAUGUAUGCCUGGUUUCUAUUUGAAGGUGUGUGCCUGUAUUUGUGUAUAUGUGGGUGUGUGCAUUUUUGUGUGUGUAUAUGAGUAAGAGAGUGAGUGAGUGAGUGUGUGAAUGUGUAUGUGAGUGUGUGAAUGAAUGAUAGAGUGUAUGCAUGUUACUUGUGAAAUUGUAAUAACACGAUUAUAAACAACUCCCUGAAUGGGGAGGAUUUUACUCCUGGUAAGUGCUUGUGUGUGUGUGUUGAGUAUAUGUAUGUAUUGAGUAUGAUUGGGAUGGGUGGGUAGGUUGAACAUUUUAGGGUUGGUGGGGUUAUGACCUAUUUUUGUGAAUCCCUGUUGGACCAAAAAUCUUGUUGCUUAAAAUAAAAUAGUUAUAUUAAUGGAUAUUGUUGUGCAUCUUCAUAGUUUGUUGUUUUCCAACUCAUGACAAUUGAGGCCUCUCACUGCCCACACAGUUAACCUGCAUGACUCGUAAUAAAACAAGCAGUUAUGGUUUAUUGCCACUGUUUGGCAGCAUUACCUGUCUGCCAAGUGGGAUUGGUUUGUGACUAAAUAUUUUCCUAGAUUGUGAUUUGCUGUGCCAAGAAACAACUUUUGCCUAUAACUGGUGUAGAGAGGAGUGAAUCCAAAAAUCAUCAGUCAUAAAUGAAAGUCCAUAUCAUUUAUGUUCUUAUAAAUAAAUUAAUGUUCUAAUUCAGUAAUAAAAUAUUUUCCUAUGUGGAUGACAUAAUAGUUGUACCAUAGUUAUAUAUUGUAUUAAAUAUAAAUGCAUUUGAAACAUACAUAGGUUGUAAAUGACUAUGUAUUGGCCUAAAUUGAUUGCUGAUUCAGUAUUUAGUUCAACAUGGAGCAGUUGUAUUCGACUACAAGUCAAACCUUUCCAGUGUUCUGCUGAGAUUUAAUUUUUUUUUUUUAAGGAAAUCCUGUUGUGAUAUUUGUUAAGGUUGAUGCUUGUACCAAUAUUAUCAGUGAAGCCCAGUAUCCAGCAUUGAGGAUUGUGCAAAGGAUAUAUAUGUGUAAAGUGAAUAAUUAGGGUUUUGAAUACUUGAUAUUGUACUUACCAUGGUAUCUUAUUGUCAGUAAUGAGAAUGUUUAGGUAGAUCUGGAGUAUUGUUUUGGCUGUCAUGGCAUAAUGCAUAGCUGACAAAGUAAAUUGUAAAUAUUUAGUGUGAAUCUUGGUUAUAUUUUGACUGUGAGAUAGCAAAUUGAUGAAUGUUGGGGAAGAGAUAGUGGGAUACUGUCAGUCAUAGUCCUUGAACAAGUUAAGUUUAUAUUGACUACCAGACACUAUGUUAAGUAACUGGUCACUGGAGUUACACCAGAGUUCCCUGGACUGGAUGAUUUCGACUGGGAAGAUGCCACCUCACUACUUAGUAAAUGGUUUAAAUUAAA